UCAGUUAGCCAUCAGAAGAAAAUCAAAAAAUGAAAACAUCAAUUUCAACACCUUCUCUUCAACAAGCAGUUGUAAAUGGAGAUAUCACUUCACUAAAGGAAUGUUUUAGAUCUAGAGUCGAUACAAAUAUGUUUGAUGCUAAUGGAGAACCACUGUUGUUUACUGCUAUCGUAAAUGGUGAUAUGGAAACUCUGGUCCUCCUAUUGAGUCACUCUGAUGUCAAUUUGGCGAGUGAAGAUGGAAGAACAGCUCUCAUGAUUGCUGUAGAAAUGAACGAUAUGAGCAUGGUCAAAAAACUAAUUAAAUCAGGUGCUCGGGUAGACAGCAAGGACAAUUCAGGCAAAACAUCAUUGUUGUUAGCACUAGAGACUGGAAAAUUCAACAUUGCAGAAUACUUGAUCAAGCAUGGAAGCGACGUGAAUGAAGUCGACCAUCUUGGCCAGUCUGCUCUUUUUUUCGUGGCAAACGCUGAUUGUUAUGGGUCUUCGAAAAUCGUAAAAACCCUUAUCUGUUGUGGAUACGUAUUGAAGGAUUGUGAGAGUUGGAUGUGCCCUGACGGCUUUACAUGCAACAAAAUGAAGGAGUCAAAAUACAGAAAUUUGAUUCAUAAACUGAAGCUAACAUUUAAAACCAAAAGCAUGAUUCUAUGAGAAUUCUAGAAUUAGUCUGUGCCUGUGCAGACUUUAACAUGAAAGCAACAUUUUGCUGAAUGACGUCAGUAUAUCCGCCGAGCUUGGGCUAUGCAGCGUUAUAUUGAGUUAACGGUGAAUCGU